CUAAAAAUGUACUUUAUACAACUACUAUCAGUACUAAUAUCUAUGAAAGUCGGCCACAUCAGAUCUAGCAGGCUUCUGCAACACAGCCAGCAUGGGCAUUAUGAAGACGACUACAUUAAAACUGAACCUACACACCUCAUUGAAACGAUUCAAAGAAGAUACGAUAAGCGAGUGAGACCGUUUGCUGAGUCGAAUCGGCCGGUAAUAGUGCACAUGACAAUUGUGCUGGGUAUUUUGACCGAAGUUCGAGAAAACCAACAAGUCGCCUCAUUUGUCAUAUCGCAUGUACAAAAGUGGAGGGAUCCAAAACUAGCGUGGAAUCCUGCAGAUCAUUCAGGCCUCACACAGGUCGUCAUGCCAAGAAGCCUAGUUUGGGUUCCAAAAUUGUUUAUUUACAACAGCAUGGACACCAAAGACAUGCUGACCGAUGACAGAUACGAUGUCCGGAUACAGCACACCGGUCACGUAAAAGUGAAUAGUCCUCAAUUUGUGAGCACACUGUGUCGAAUAAAUAUCGAUUUGUUCCCAUUUGACACCCAAUUCUGUGCGAUUGCUCUCGCGAGCCCCCUGUUGUCGGUGGAGGAAAUGGAUGUGAAUGCUACCCAGCCACCGGUAGACUCAUAUUUUUCGGGAAACGCUGAAUGGCAAGUGAUGAACGUGACCGUAAAACAAAUGAAAUUCAUGGAAGAGGGCGAAUAUCGGGCUGAAGUUCACUACAUCUUGCACCUAAACAGGAGGCCAACUUACUAUAUAACAGUGAUAGUAGUACCUACAUUUCUCAUCAGCGCCCUCUCAAUUCUCGGAAUCUUCUCGCCCGGCUCAAAUGACGGCCCUAGAAAUGAGAAAGUGUCACUGGGACUUGGUUCCCUGCUAGCCAUGACUGUCCUCCUGGACAUUGUAGCUGGCGCCAUGCCAAAAUCCGACGCCAUCCCCCUUCUCGGGUACUACAUUAUGCUUGUCAUCCUACUCUGCGCCAUUGGGGUCGCCGUGUCAAUGGCUAUGCUCUCUAUGUCACGGAGCUGCAUACAAACUUCGAAAAUGCCACCCCCGCACUAUUAUCGAUUACUUUUUUUGAAUGUCUGCCGGGUCGUCAAACAGAAUAGUGGGCUGAAUGGAGUGGCGAUGAAUGAGAAGCCAACUGCUAUCACACCCCGUUUCCCGGAUCUCAUCGCGAUUUACAAUCAGCUCAUCGAAGUGGCUCGGGCUCAGAGGACAUAUCGCGAACGGAUAGAAAAACAAAAGUGGCAGCAUAGAGUAGAAAUCGAAUGGAACAAAAUCUUCGCGAGAAUCGAUUUCUUCUUCUUGUUCCUUUUCGAAAUGUUUAACGUGCUUAUUCUGGUACUCUUCCUAAGAUGUGCAUUUUUGCCGGUGCCACCGUUGCCGGAAAACUUCUCCAUAUAGUUUCCGAAUUUUUUUGUAUAUUUUUCCCCCAAAAAUUCCAUGGGUCUGCACUGCAGCUGAAAACAUCUCCUAAUUUCCCUCAUUCGACAUGUUGCGGGUUCUUUUUUCUUUGAAAUAAAACUUAAA